GCUAUUUAUAUAAUAGGGCAGAAACAUUGGGAGUUGUUUUGUUGUCUUGAGUCUCCAACAGCCUCAAAAACAUGAUGUGGAAACUUGUCGUUCCUGUUCUUGCUGCGGUUUUCACCGCCGGUUUAGGAGCUUUGGUGGGGGGGCUGAGAGACAUAGAUGUGAAUGACGAGGGGGCACGAAAUGCUCUCAACUUCGCCGUCGUCAAACACAACAGAGGCACCAACGAUCUGUACCUCAGCCAAGUGGCAGAAGUGGUGAAGGUUCAGAGUCAGGUUGUUGCUGGCACCAAGUAUGUCAUAACUGUGAGAAUGGGAAAGACCUCCUGCAGGAAGGACAGUGUAAAUGAAGUGUGUGCCAUCCACCAAGACCUUGCAAAGGCUCGGCCUUACCUGUGCACCUUUACAGUGUGGAGCCGCCCAUGGAUUAACGAUAUCAGUGUGCUGGAUGAGAAAUGCAGCGUCUGAGAUCUUCAGUGAUGGCUUUCUUUGCAGAUUAACCUUCACACACACAAUACUUUGAUGUGUAUUUUUCUUUAGAUUAACCCCACAAGUAUUAAGGUUUGCAUUUUCUGCUUAUGCUGAAUUGAAAGUCAGGGUUUCAGACUUCCAGUCAAGCUAUGCAGUAUAACAAUGUAGAGGCAACCGUACAUCAACUUUUAGAGGAACUAUUAGCGGGAACUACUUUUAAUACAUAAUCAUUGAACCUUGCCAAUAACAAAUAAUUGUGUACUGCAUUUUAGCUUAUUGAAAAUCACAUUCUGUUUUAAUUUGAAAUUAAAGUAACACCUGAACUUAA